GCAAACUAAGAGGAACUUUAUUUUAUAAGCUGUCUAAGAAAAAGAAGUCCAGCAUGCAAUUUCUGUUCGACCAUAGCCCAACAGCUCAGUGGAGCUCACGGAGCUACCUGGCAUGUGUAUUCAUCAUGAUGGCCUGCUUUGGACCAGCUUCGCCUUUUCAUGCCCCUCCAGUGACAACAGGUCUCCGCUCUGCCUUCUCUGCCACACGAACCAACAGUGUAGUGGGAGGCAAGCAGAAGGAGGUGACCUUCAACAGGCUCAUGGUCAACAUCGGAGGGGAUUUCAAUCCAGACACCGGUCACUUCCGCUGCCGCAUCCCUGGGGCUUACUACUUCUCUUUCUCCGUGGGAAAGUUUCCAAAGAAAAUGCUCUCUGUGAUACUGGUGAAGAACGGAGAGGAGGUGCAGGCUAUAGCGUAUGAUGACUACCGCAAGAAAGGGAGGAAAGUUCAAAGCCAAAGCAUAAUGAUCAGUUUGAAGGAAAUGGACACUGUGGGGCUGCUUUUACAGCAGAGUGCUCAAUAUGCUUUGUACAGCAAUGCCGGCCCUUACAUCUCCUUCUCUGGUUACCUUGUCUUUCCGGACGUCUCCCCAACCGGCUACGUCAGCAACCACCUGUCCCAGUCAGGGCUGUCCUACCCAAACUGCCCCCCUCAGUCUGACCUCUCGGCCAGAGGUCAGACAUCAGAGCAGCCGCGUUCUGCCUUCUCUAUGGCACGGACAUCCACACUCAUGGGUCAGAGCACCAGGCAGCAGGAGAAACCACCUCUGACCUUUGAUGUGGAAUACGUCAACAUCGGGGGCCAUUUCAACAAAACCUCAGGCGUGUUCACUUGCCACUUCCCAGGCGCUUACUUCUUUGCCUUCACUGUGGGGAAACAUCCUCGUAAGGCUGUUUCUGUGAAGCUGAUGACCGGGAAGGGCGAGGUGCAGGCCAUGGUGUUUGACGAGGACACGUCAAAGAGAAGGGAGAUGCAAAGUCAGAGCUUGCUGCUGUCUCUCCGGAGAGGCGACAGUGUGUGGCUAUACAGUCAGCAGGAUGAGCGUUAUGCUGUCUACAGCAACCAGGGGAGGUACACUACCUUUUCUGGCUUCCUGGUUUAUCCUGAAGCAGAAACCCUCACACCUCAGGACAGAACUCGCCUCUAAAUGUC